GUCACGAUUGACCACACAAAACCAGCGGCGAUAACGACCCCAGACAUUUUGCCGUCGUCGUCACAAGAUGUUGUUAAGCAAAUACAUUGUCGAGGGCACUUGCAGUGAAAUCGUUCAUAACUGGGAACCGAACUGUCUGAACGCCUACCGGUCACUGAUCCGUGAUUCAGCCAUUGGCGGCCUGAAAAUGCUCUUACCGUUGCUGUGCGUGAGUGCCGAUAUACUUUCAGGGUUUUACUUUGGACAUUAUCAUAACAUACGGGACGUUUUGGCGAUAAAACCGGAAGCCGACAUCGCCGAAAUUGAUAGAUUUUUGUUCAUUUAAAACAGUUAGAAUUUGCACCAUAAUUUAAUAACAAAUUUCUCCCGAGGAUAAUAGGAGUAGUAUUGAAUCCCAUUAACCCUCUCUCUAAUUGAUUUGAAAAUUACACAUUUGCCUCAAAAUUGGGAUGUAUUCACCGCUGGUAAACUAUCUUACUUAUACGACUCGCGCAGUUUCUGUAGAGUUAUAUAUACAUACCUAUAUCUUUGUUUUGGAGAAAACAAAUUUUCUGUACCCUCCGGAUCGGUUUCAAAUAACAAUAAUAAAAACAAAAUUGUCUUCCGAUUUUUUUCAUUCUCUUUACGUUUACAUAUUUUGUAAACACUUUUUAUUGAGUGAUCAUAAUAUAUUCUCUAUUUUCUGUUUUAUAAAAAAUAUCAUUCAUUGUAAAGUUUAUAAAAAAAUAACGAUGAUUUUUUUUUUUUUUUGUUGAGAAUUUAUUAUUAAUGGUUUUAUUUUUGUUGUAAAAAUAGAAAAAAAAUGAUAUGUGAUGUUCCACGCAAAUGUUUGUAUAAUUGAUUUUUGCAAAAGGGAAAAAAAAUCUGAUAAUAUUUUUUUUCGUCAGUUAGAACCUAUUUGGAGUUAUCUUAUAAAACUAAGUUAAGGAUAUUUGUAUACUUAGGAUUCUUAUAUAUAUCUAUAACUGACUGAUAAUUUAUUUUUUAUUUUUUAUUUUAUUUACUUUAUUUCGGAAAAAUUGUCCAAUUUCAAGUACAUAUCGUUAUUUUUGUUAUUGCAACGGCGUUCCCAUCAUCCAUGGCCUGCACAAAUCGCAUACGUGGAUAUCGACCGUUCGUACAGAUCAAUUAUGGACUAAGAAUAUGGAGAAAAAAUAAAUCGAACGACACACUGGCCAAAGAUCUGUUAAUUGAUGGGCUCCGGUGCAUCGGCAUAGGCCCGUGCUUGACCAUAACUACUGUGUUUUACAGCUGCACGAUAAGGUAUAAAGAUUGAAAUAAUUUCAGUGUACUAUAUUUCAGGGGUGUCCAAACGGUUGGUCGCGAUCGACGGUAAAUCGCAGAUGAUUUAAAUGUCGAUCUCCAUUUUUUUAUAAUUUAUUUUUAUGUAAUUAGUAAAUAAAUAACGAUUGCCGAUCAUUUAUAUCUUAAUGUAUUAUCUUAGCAAUUGUAUUUACAAUAAUAUGGUGUUAGUCUUAGUAAUAGUGUGAUGAAAAAUAUUAUUUAACUAUACAUUUUAGUUUUGUACGUUUAUGUGUACUAUUAAUAUCUAUCAGAUCAUUUAUAAUUAUACAUUUUUGUUAGGAAGUCGAUUCUCAAAGGAAAAAUAUAUUCUUAUGGUAGAUCUCUACCAAAAAACGUUUAGCCACCCCUGCUAUAUUUACUAGCAAAAGUCACCCGCGCGUUCGAAUCUAAUAAGCUGUUUCUGUCUAACUAACGGGCAACAUGGAACAGUUGCGUUACCAGGCAGUUUAGAUUGAAGUUAAUCUAAACGCAUAAAACAACAAAGUUUAAAAUAGUGACAAUUUUCGAGGAUUAUACGGCCCUUACGUCCUAUACUAGCCACGUUAGUUCUUUUUCUCGAGUAAGCUGUAGUUUUAUUUUUUGGGAAAAAGGUAUACUGUAAAGCAUUUGGAAAUAUUACUUCCUUAAAUUAAGUAAUGUAUGAUUAAACUCAAAUUUCAAUCUAAACAAAUCAAUCCACGUUCUAAUAAGUAAUACGUAAUUGAAACAAAACUAUUACGGUUACGUUUACGUUUACUUUAUUAUACAAAAUAACAUCAUUCUGUUUAAAUAUAAAUGAUAACAAUUAUUGAUUUUCAAUUUAUACGGUAAAAUAAAAAAACAAAACUACUAAAUUCAGGUAUAUUGAAUUUUUUUUUUCCCCGUACAAUCUAUUAAACAAUAUUAUUAGUCAUUCACCAGGCUUUUGUUUCGAAUAAUUAAUACGAUUUUUCUUCUUGUGUUUUUAUGUUUAUUAAACGGGUUCCUAUAGCUAUAAUAUAUUCAUAACCCGUUGAGCGUUCAAUAUUAACAAUAUGUACAUCGAAAUUAAAAUUAAAUGCAAAUAAUAUGUCAACCUUUCUGCGCAACAGACAAUUAUUACCAUAAUGUACAAUAUGUUGUAUUUUAACAGAACGUCGUUCAUGUACCUGGAUAUUAGUUUACUAAAUAUACGUGUACUAAAUAUAACUAUUUUUUUUUUUUUUUUUUAAUAGGGAAUAAUUACAUAUAAUAAUAUACCUACAGUUAGUAUUAUAGUACAGAGAACUGCAGAAUAGGGCAUUUGUAUAGGUGUUAAAAAGUGGAAAGCCAAAACCUUAAGAAAUAUUUAAGAAACCUAUCAUAAAUUAAUUUAAUUACUAUAAAAAUGAAUUUUAUUAUUAUGUUGACACAUAAAUAAAAAUGAAAAAAAAUGAUACGUACAUACUUUGCAUAACGGGUGAGCCAUUGUUGUAGGUGAGAAGAUUUGGAAGGUAGGAUAUAAAUAGGAUAUUAAUGCAUAUCUGUACGCAAUAGUUAAUCUUUGUAAACGAAACACGAUUCUGAGCUGAGUUUGGUUAUAAUUACUUUGAAAGGCUGUAAUAUUUACUAUAUUCAUAAUGUAUUUAAAGGGAGGGGCCCUUAGUAUACUCUCAAUAAAGCAUAAUUGUAUAAUUGUAUGGUAUAAUACCAGAAUAAUUUACUCGUGUAGACUAUGGGCUGAACAUUUUAAUAGCUCACGAGAUGUUCACGUUUCAUUAUUGGUAUACCUGUAUUCUGAUUUUUCUAUUCUUUUUUUGAUUAUCAUCUGGGGGAAAAUGAGUGCAUCCCAAAGUGAUCUAUAAAUGAGACUUCGGUAGUAGUAUUUUUGUGGUCGUGAGUAUUGGCCCACUUACUGCAAUAAAACUAACGAUAAAUAUAGGUAUAUGUUUAUCAUAAUCAUUAUUUUUAGACAAUAUCUCCCCUAAACAUAGGUUGCUAGCAUCGAUUCUCAUAUACGUCCCUAUUAGACCGUAGACUACAAUGUAAUACACAUAGGAGUUACCUAUCCACAUUUUUAAUAUCAAUAUUAUUCCCAUUUUAUAUUGAUUUGUAUCCAUAUAGUUUUGGAACCACUAAUGGCGAAAUGUUGGUACAUUAAUAUCGAAGUCUAGUUUAAAAACUUGCACUAAUACGUACGGGAACACAGAGUCCGAUCGAAAAAUGUAUAAUUACGUAUAACGAUAUAAGUAAAUUUAUUAUCCGUGUUUACGUAAAUAAGUAAAGGUGCGUGAAUAGUUAACGCGAAAUACACGAGUACGUAAUUAUACGAAUAACGUAAAUAAUUACAAGUGUAAACGGAUUUUUUUUUAAAUACACGGUUUUAGAGAUUCAAAUAUUAAUGCCACAUCAAUACAUGGAUGUACUCACGAGGGGAGUUCAUGGGGUUUAACCUCCCCUCCCGACCAUAAUUCGUUUUUCUGUUGCAAUAAAUUCGUUUUAAAUUUGUAACAGAUUUGAAAAUUCAUUGUCGCAUCGUAUAUUUUAUAUUUAAUAUUACAAUAUAAAUAUAUUUAUUGCACCAAAAAAUUAUUGACAAAUUAUUAAAAAUUAAAAAUGCAUUCAAUUUUGCAUUGUUAUUAUUUUAGAUUCUGAGUUUAGAAGAAUGUAUUGGUUUUACGAUGAUGUUAAUUUUUUUGUUUUACAUGAACACUUUUUCUACCAGAAAGCUUACUCCGAUUUCCAAGUAUAGCACAUUGUCUGAAAGGAAAUGUUCUCUGGGUGGUACUUUAAAAAAAAGGUUCUUUUUCGAAAUUCUUAUUAACAUUCGAGAUACUGAGGAAAACCCGGUUCUUUAGAUUAAAGAAUACUGAUUGAUUAAAAAUAAGGUUGUCAUUGACAACCGUUUUUGCUUAUUUUUUGUAAUUAUUAAGUUUUUUUUAUUUAAAUCAUUUUCAAAAAAUCAUUGUUGUCAUGGAAACGCACAUUGUUGUAAUUAUUUCACCAUACUUCGCACAUAGGCGCAGCCACUGUUGUAAAUGAGAAGUUGGGAAGGUAGGAUAAAGAUGGAAAUUCAAUGUAUAUCUGUAAGGAUUGGUAAACCAUUGCUAAUGAAAAUUUGAUUCUGAGCUGAGUUCAGUUGAUAGUGUUGCUUUGUCAAAAAUAUAUAUGUUAUAUGAUGGUAAAAUAAUUAGAACAGUGCACUUUUCCAUAACAACAAUGGUUGUUUAAAAAAGAUUAAAAUAAUAAAAACUUAAUGACAACCUUAUUUUCAAUCUUUUAAAUUUCAAAAACGAGGUUUUCCUCAUUAUCUCGAAUAUUAAUGAGAAUUUCAAAAAAUGACGUCUUUAAAGUACUAUCCAAAGAAUAUUUACUUUCAGAAAAGGUGGUAUAAUUAAUAAUGUGAUUAUGCUUUCUGGUAAAAAAAGUAUUCACAUAAAAAAAAAAAAAAAACAUCAUUGUAAAUCUAAUACAUUCCUCGCUCCACUCAGAUUCUAAAAUAAUAUUAAAUGUCAUAACUAGAGGAGUUUGCGCUGAUAGCCCCUUAUAUAUUUUUCUAGAAAUCACCCACAAUUCCUCCCCCCCCCCAAAUUGGAAAUUUCUGAGAACGCCACUGUGUAAAUACCUAUAAAGUGUGUACACGUUAAAUAGGAAGCUAUAAUAAUAUAAAUGAAUAAUUAUUAUUAAUUUGUAUGGAGUUUUUAUAAACUUGUUUCGGUUUCAGAUACUUCCUUAACCGGUACACAAUAAUUACGUUAACUUGUAUACCAGCGAUUUUGUCUGGAUACACAUCGGCCUGGAUAUUGGGUUCAAAGAUGACAACUCAAAUUCUGGUACCAUUCAACAACGCAGUCAGUGGUCACUAUUAAUAAGAAUAAUAAUUAUAACCGUAAUGAUAUUAUACAUAGCAGGGAUGGCGAAUCUUUCAGUAUCCGGCGAAAUAAUAUUCGAUUUAAUAAUAAGGUCGCAUUUGUGUAAGACGACAGGGGACAGUUUUCCCGGGUAGCUGAAUUUAGAGGGUGAUUUUAUUUUUACUAUUUAAAUAUUGUAUUUGUAAUAUUAUAAACAUUUUUUUAAAUAUUUCACAAUUUUUGGGAGAUCUGGUGAUGUUGGGGAAGAGAUACAGGCUCAUACACUUUAUGUCACAACUAUUUAUUUAAUUAUUUUUUUUUUUUUGGUGCCCUUAGACAGUCAUUUUCUAAAUACGGCUCCGAUUUCGAUUAUUAACUGGAAAGUCAGUGUGAAGUAAAUCAUUUUUUUAGUACACAUAAUUAUUACGCCGCAAAAUUGUAUUUAACUAAUAUCAAGUACUUAAUGUCAUAACUCAUAACUAACUACGAGAUAUAAUAUAGGUAUCAUAAGUACAAACUAAUAGUUUUAAGGGAAAACAUUUUUUUUUUUGAAAGUAAAACAAAAAUAAUGAACUGUAUUUAAAUAUGCGUAUCAUAGGUUCGUUAUCCUCCCUGGUAUAAAGUGUCUAUAAAAAACCAUAUCUGAGUACGUUUAACAAUUUGUUCAAACAGUUUAAAUUAGUUUAUUUAAAAAAAAAUCUAUGUUAAAGUUAAUUUCAAAAUAUAAGUGAAUUUGAGUGAUCAAAUUAAUUUAGACAUUCUUAAGAAAAUGAUAACUUAGUAUAAUUAAAAAUUGACUAUACUUGUGAGAGAUAUCUCUGCAUUAGACGCAUGCUCAUCUUGUUAUGUUAUAAGAUAAUAAUAUUCAUUUUAAAAAUAUGAGUAAUUUUUAUGGAGAAAUAAAUGCUAAAGACAUUUGUACACAGUUGUUUUUUUUUAUCCAAAAUAUUCGUAAAUAACAUAAAUCGUAAUAAAAUUAUUAAGUUAAUUUAAAUUUAUUUAUCAAAAGAAAUAUUCAAAUUAUUUUAUAACUAAAGACCGGAUUUAAUUGCAUUUUAAAAUUAUAUAAUUGCACCAAAAAAUACAUAAAAGUUAUAUAAUAAAUUGCAAUAUAAAAAUACAAAAGUUAGAUAACUCUAUUUUUUUGAAUUAAAAUUAUAAUAAGAUACGUUUUCGAAUUAAGUUCAUUAAAACUAAAUCUUUUAUAACUAAAAAUAUGUUUGUACAAAAAAAAAACUAUGUUCUACGUCUAUACUAGUUAUUGGUGUAUAUUUAAAAUAAUUCAAUAAGAUAGUCUAAAGUCAAUAAGAUUAUAUCUAAAUUAACUUUUUUAUUUUACCAGACAUGACUUCAUAAUAAGAUUUAAUAGUUUUAUGCCCUUCAUUUUUUUCAAUUACAUACGUAAAUUUGUCUUUAAUUUUUUUUCCAUCUGGACCAGGAAUAUUUAUUUAAAUAUCUUCAAUUUUUCUAAACAUAUUCAUAAUUUCAUUUAGUUCACACUAUUCGAUGCUUCCGAGUUUGUAAGAUUAAUGGAUAAGUCGGAUAAGUGUAAUUUUAUGAAUGCUAAAUCACAUUUGACUGCAUUAUUUUGUACAAGCUGUUUCAGCUUUUCCAUGCUGAUAACAUCGUCUUUUUAAUUUUCAAUUAUAUUUUGAAGUAUUUCAAAAUUAUUUGCAUUGAAACGUGCAACAUUUUGUGCCCCUCUUUGUGUUAAUACAACGCCUAUAACGCCAACCGGCUUUUAUAUCGAGCAUCCUAGAAAACUAAAAUUAUCCAUAUCGGAUAAUACCGAAGAUGAUAAAAUGAUGUAUAAUAUCAAUAUAUAUAUUAUAAAUAUUGAUAAUGGCUCUUCAUAAUGGCUAACUUACCUUAUCUACUCAUAACGAAAAAUCGGUAUAUCAUAAUAGCGUUUUUAUAAAUUUAGCUGAGUUAAAUAUUUUGUUCAUUUAAACAUAGAAAAUUGUAAAAUAAAAUUAAAUAGGCAUAACACAUAAAGUACAUAUCGACCUAUACAUUUGGUCAGAUUUCGUUUAUCUUAACUGCAAAAAAAGUUGCAAUAUCAAAUAAAUCCGGUCUUUAUUUAUAACGUUCUACUUUUUUUCGUUCUAAGAUAAAUUUUUUCAAAAAAAUAACUUUUACCACUGUUUAAUAAGUUACUGUCCAUCUUUGUAGUAAACUCUCGCGACGGUCUUUUGUACGAUAUUAUAUUUUUGGUUUGUUAAUUUUUUUUUUAAUGUUACAGGCCCUCGAGUCCAUUGUAAAUGUAAUGGCCGCUUCCGGGCGAUUGAAACUGAACCGGUACAACGAAACGAUAUUUUUCAUGUUUACGAACGCUUGUCUGAUGUACGCCUCAAAAUUGUCCGGGCCCAGUUAUACGAGUUACACUUGGUAACUAAUGCAAUAUAAUUGGUUAGAUUGGUUAAUUAAUUAUUUGGUGAACCGCGAUUGAACAUAUAUUUUGUCAGCAACACGAUUGAACGUAGAAUAUUUUAUGCGACGUUACCACAGUGUCAUUCAAACCGAAAUUUUGUAAUUGAUUAGUUUCGCGUAUUAUUACACGUUAAGAUAGGAGCUGAGCUUACACGAGCCGCGAGCCUCAUCCUCGUCUCUAUGCAGUCAUUCGAGUAUUGUUCGAAACAAAAACUGAAAAAGAGCGGACUGAUUAAAAUCAAUACAAUUGGACAUAAAUUCGUAAAAUUACUGGGUGCUAGACAAAUUGAAGUACAGAAAAAUUAAGUGGAAAAGAGUUCAGCUAAUAUAAAUAUUUAAUAAUUAUUAAAUUUUAUUUCAACACCUAUUUAAGAUAUACUAAGACGAAAACAAUAAUAAGAUAGGCUGAAGAUAACGAUAGGAAUACAAUAAUUCCUUUGAGGCACACAUUUUUUUUGAAAAUGUUUUUCUUGGAAAAUAUUAAAAUUAGUACACCCAUAGUACAUAUAAAAAAGAACCAAAAAAAAGGGGGAUUUCACUAUGAUACCACAAUACCUCAAAGGGUUUUGAAAGGUGGUCAUUUAACACAAUAUUGUCCACUAGUGAUUGCGUCAUAGGAUCACUAGAGGAGACCCUGUUUUAUUUUCUCUUUCUUCUUUUUGUAAUACCAUUUGUUUACAUAUUACGUUCUAUUCAAAUUACUAACAUAGUUAAAAUAUUGUUCUUAUUUCUAAUGAUUGUUUGUUUAUUGUGAUAUCGAUUUCGUUUAAACAUAUUAUAUUGAAUUACUUAUUAAUAUUUGCUAAACUAUUGCUAAUGUCUAAUACUACAAUACUUAUGAGGACGCCACACAGACAUUUACUGUCUCCGUCUUACAAACGCAAGACAUAACAAGUGUGUGUUCUACAGUAGGCCACAUGUUGUGCUGUUUGUUAAUUGUUUUGAUAUUAAAGCAAACUGACUUCUUACUAAACUUAAAGGUAAGACGAUUAUAAUCAUUUUUAAAUUAUAAUAUUUCGCUUACCGAUAACUCGCUUGAAAAUUUAAAUAUUCAAAAACAUAAACGCUAGGGCACUCAUAAUCGUCUUACCUUAGCGAUAAGACAAUUAGAUUUAAUAUUAAAACUAACGGCUCAAAAUCUGUCUUACUGUACACAUAUUUGCUAUGUCGCGAGUUUGAAUGACGGAUACAGUAAAUGCGAGCGUGGCUUCCUAUUAAAACAUUAUUAUUAUUAAUAUUGAUACUUAUAAAUGAUGAAGUAAAACAAUCCUAGUCAAUUUCAAAAAAAAAUAAAUAAGUUCAAGUUCAAAGUUACAUUCAUACAAAUUUUCGGAGGGUGAUUAUUUUAUUAUGACAAUAUUUCAUUAAGCUAUUGAUAAACACGACCAGUUGUUCUGAUAAUCACGUAAAUACCGUUACUCAAAAAUAAUCCGGGAGAUUGUAAUAUACUCCGCGAAAGUUUUAUUUGUACGUAAAAGUGGAAAUGAAAAUUGUACAGGUCACAAUAUUACAUUAUUGAUUGCGUAACUUUAUUAAUUAUAAAAACUUCACGUCGUCCAUAAUGCGAAGUUGAAAAGAAACGCGGGUACACUAAUAAACGUUGUAACGAAUAUUCGUAGUUGAUGCUUGGCAGUUUGCGAGUACGCUAAAUUUUGUUUAAAAUUUAUUUUGUAGUUGAUAGUAGAAAUUUAAUUUCGUUUAAAUUUGAUAACGAAUAUUUUCCAGAGAAACUUGUAGUAUAACAAUUUGCGGACAAACCCGAAAGUUUUAUUUUUAUGAAUUCGCGAUUUUGAUUAACUGAAGAGUGAUACUAAAAGAUAAUCUAAUUUUAAAUAAACGUGUGCGUUAUUUUUGUAUAACCGACGAAUUUUAAAGUGUCAACCACUUUGGCUUAGCCAACCAAAGCAUUCUGAGAGUACUGUAGCUAGUAUUGUAUUACUGAAUUUUAACUAUUAUAAUUAUGAAAAGCAUGUUCAAGGAUAAUGGAGACGGGUGCAGUCACUGUUAUAGAUAAUUUAAUGUAUAUCUGUAAGCGACGAUUAACCAUUACUAUCGAAAAAACUAUUCUGAGCGUAGUUCAGUUGAUAGUGUUAAUUUGUCCACAAUGCAUGUAUAUGCCAUAUUACGGUAAAGUAAUCAUGUAUGCAUUAAACAUUUUCUUUAAUAAUAUCCUAUUAGGAAAAGUGUAACCAUUUUAAAUCGGGCCGAUAUAAAUAUUUAUUUGUACCUUUGUUAUAAUUCAGAAUUUUUAAUAUGGAUAAUGGCAACGUCGCAGAAUUGCGUUUGUUUAAUCGAGAAUGUUUUAUUUUGUAUUUCUAUUUUUAUAAUCUAUUUCUUGUUACGCCUAUAGAUUUGCCCUAUCGUGUCUUAAAAAAAAAAAAAAAUCUUUUGUGAUCAAUCGUGGGAUAGCCAUACAUAUAACAAUAAUAAUAAAAACCCGUAUAGCGUUUUUUUUUUCUAUCAAUAAACGCUCGAUUUUUGUUAGGUUUUUCAAACCAGACAAGAAACGCCGAGAUGAAAAAAUAUAUUUGGAAUCCAUUUUUAAGGUUAGGUAAUAUUUAAAAAUUAAUUUAUGUAGCAAACGUUUAAUUAUUAUAUUUGCAAUCGGUUAUUAUGACCGAACAUAAAAAUAACUGAACAAAAAAAUUGGACGUUUAUGAUUCGGCUAUUAUUAAUUUACUUAUGAUUUUUUUUUUUAAUUUUACUACCUAACCUAAACAGAGCUCGGAAAUAUAUUAGCAUUUGCAUAUUACUUUUGGUGACACUUAAACCAUUCUGAGUAAGAGACAAGUUAGUUUCUUACUUUACGGACGUCAUAUAAAACUUUUUUAGCUUUUUUCUGCAUAUUAUUUAGGAUUUAUAAAACCAUAUUGCUAAUGUAUUUAUUUUUCUUUGAUUUUCAACCAGUACGGCUCCAACAAUAAUCUAAAAAAGGCGGUCGUAUACUCGCAUGUGAUUGUUUUCGCCUACCGUAUCGUAUAUUUCAGUUGAUUUCAAAGUACUUUAUAAUAUAGUUCAAUAGUUUAUAUAUUUUUAAAUUCAUGUCAGUCGCAUCGUCCUGCAUUAUUAUCGGAUUUAAUUCUAGACAAUUUUAGUUUGCAUGUUUUCCAAUAUUUAAUGCUAUUUAUAGCGUUUAUUUGUGUAUUAAAGCUCUAAAAGUUAACUUUUUUAGCGCUAUCAGUUCCGAGCCUUGAUUACCACCAUCAAAAAUUGUGUUAAACGCGCAACAAGCAAUGCAUAAAAAUAUAUUUUCAUAUAGUUAAAUCGAGGAACAUACUUUCCUCGGGUAAUUUUCUUAUAACCUAGACUCAUUUUUGUUUGCCCGUACAGAAAACGAGAUAUUAUUUCGGACUAGGCAUAGGUUAUGGUAUUGUCCGGAUGUUGAUCAGAGACACUUCCGUGCUGAAGCUGAAAAAUAUGCAUAAAUUGUUCAACAAGCAAACACUGAAACCGGGCAUUUUCGCUGGGUCGUACGUCGUCUUAUACGAGGUGAGGUUUUUUUUUAGGUAUGUGUAGCAAACAUUAUUAUCGGGUACAAAGAGUGGAAGGGGAGAAAUAAAAAAAAGUAAAAUUUGAAUUUCAUUUCAGAUGAUAGUGUACGCUAUGAACCGAUAUUUUCAAAAGGAUCGGCCAGCUUACGCUCUGCCCGCCGGGUUUUUGGCCGGGCUAUCGUACGCAAUCGAUCCGAAUCUUGCCAUUAACAUUUCGGCUUUCAUCAAUUUAAUACAGGUACGUAUCCUUAUAAUAACAUUGAUUAAUAUUGAAUAAUUAAUGACAAAAUAAAAUAAAAUAUAAUUUUGAAUACACUAGUAUAGUGGCAUAGCCAGGAUUUCUCAAUGGGGGGGGGGCUAUAAAAAAACCUUAUAAAAAAAUUAAUUUGUAAUGUUUUUACUAAUUUAUAUAGGUACCUAUUAAAUUACUAGAUAAAAUAGUAAAUACGUCCUGCUGAAAUGGAUAAAAUAUUUAACAACUUUUCUUUUCUAAUAACUUAUUGAACACAAUUUAAAUAAUUAUAAGGUUAAUAUUCUUAAGUUGAGUUACUUAUUUCUUAUGGUAUAUAAUAUAAUAUUAUUACUGUGUCCAAUCUGUAACUUUCAUCCUUCUAUGGGAUUUUUUAAUAAAAGCAUUCAAUAUUUUUAUUUUGAUUUCGUCUUUAUUUAUUAUUGCUAAUGCCAAACCAUUCAACCUUUCAUUCGUUCACUAUAGCUCAUAAGUAUGUUUCCAGUCUUUUUAGAAUAGAAAAUGUACAUUCUGAAGUAGCGGAUAUUACAGGCAAAGUAGUAAAUAAAUAAUCUUCUUUAUAUUCGGAAAAAGCUCUGUACAGUUCUGAAUUGCUACUACAGUAGUUUUAGGAAAAUUUUCUUUCAAUUGCCAUUGUUUUCUCCAUAUGAAUAACUCUGUUUUCAAACAUAUAUUCAUACUAAUUAAAAAGUCAUUUUCGUAAAUAGAAGCAUCAGCUAAGUUUGAUUGGUCGUCAUAAAGUAUCAAAUUAGAUGGUAUGAGUCCUUCUAAUGGUAUAAUUACGUUUAGUCUUUUAUUAAUCUUGAACGUAACUGAGUAAUUAGAUUAUCAAGAAAAUAAUAUUGCUAUUUUAUAAUAUUUCUCUGCAUUUUUGGCAUUUAUAUUCUUUCGGGCAGUUCAUCUCCCACAGAUUUAAGGCAUGCGUAUUUCAACGUCUAGUUCAGAAGCUAUUGUGGUAACAUUUUUCAGUAUCUGACCGAAUGGCUUCUAAAACUUCUAUAACAAUAAUUACAUAAUUUAAAGCUUUAUAUAAGUCUUGUUGUUUACUUUGUAGUACUUGACUUAAUUGUUUAGUAUAUGAGAAGCAAACAACAGCUACUUCAAGAGAGACGAGUAAAUUAUUUUUGGUUAUAGCACUUACAUAUAAUGAUGCUUUGGUUGAGGUUUCAAGAUUUUUAUCAUAUUUUUCAAUAUGUUCUAGAAAAGCAUUUAUAUAAAAUGUAAAGUUCUUUGAAAGUAAUAAGUGAAUCAUGUCAAUCGACUUAUCGUGUUUCACAAAGUUUUUUCAGUUUUGUUUUUAACCACUUUUAUUGGAAUUAAUAUCUUUUAUCAAAAUCACUCCUAUCAUGGAAUUUAGAUAUACCUUCGUCAAUAAAAUGUUUUAAUUUAUUUAUAAGUUUUUGCUGCACAUAAAAAAAUUUAGAAACUGAGCUAAUUUUACCAUUUAUACAUUUAUAAUAGAAGGCAUCUCACAUGCCUUAGAGAUACAAAGGUUUAAAGAAUAACUGAAACAGUGUGUAUAGAAAGCCAACGGCUGUUCAUCUAAUAUAAGCAAGUGCUUAAUUACAGCAAUUAUAAUUUACUUAUUUAAUAAUUGCAUAUUAUAUAUUCAUGCAGUUAUAGGUACUUACGUACUCACAGAUAUAAUAUUAUAUACUUAUCUAUGAAUGUACCGAUAUAAAAUCAAUAAAAAAAAAUAAAAUACUUCCGAUAGGGGAAGGUUAUGGCCCCUAUCCUCCCUGGCUACGACAUUGCUUACGUACCUAUCACACCAUUUCAGGCUGGCAUUACGACUUGAAAAAUCAUGCGGUAAAACAAGUGCAAUAAUUUUUUAUGCUUUUUUAAAUAUACAUAAAACAAAAAUAAUGUCAUCUGUUUAUAGCAUAGACUCUAUAGUCUAUACCAUUGUAAAACGUUAAUUCGGGUUAUUUGUAUAAUACUUUACUAUAAAAUAAUAAAAUAAAAACAAAAUUAUUGAAUGGUUAAUACUUGAGUUCAUCCUUUUCAGUUCAAAAACUGUUAUAGAAUGAGCCCAGAUACUUUUCAAAAACUUCGACCGGCAAUACGACAGUCGUAUCAUUGACAAUGCGUGUUGCUACAAAUUCACUUCAGAAAACAUCGUAUUGCUUAAGUGUGAAAAUAUUCUAAGUAUGUGGAGAACCGUGUGGUAUUAUAGCAUCAGUUUGUGUAGAUUUUCUGAAAAUACUAAAAUCAAAUUAAUUUUUUUAUUAUAGAAACUAUAAGAUCUGAGAAAUUAAAUUAAUUAUUUAUUUGUAUUUCGACUUUAAAUUGAAUGUUUUUAUUUAUUUUGUUUGUGUAGUUUACUAAAUGUUCUGCUUGUCUAUUUGAACCUCUAAAUAAAAUGAAAGUGUCAUCAACAUAUUUAUAAUUUGCUUUUAUAUGUGGACUGUAUAUUUUGUUGUUAAUAAAAUGUAUUAACAAAAUAAAAAUAAAAAAUAGUAUAGUUAAAUGACAAAAUACAAUUAUUAAUAACAUAUAGUGAAUAAAUUAAAAACAGAUAAUUCAGAAAUAAUUCCAGUAGAUAAAUCUAAUAUUAUUGUUAUAAUGUACACUAAUAUAAUUCAUGAAAAAACUUUAUAUUUUUUAAUUAAUAAUAAUAUUCGAAACUUAGCAUAUGACCCAACUAUAAUUUACACUAAACAAAUUAAUAAACUGAUAAAUAAUUCGAAAGAAAUUAUACCUUAAGUUCAAAAGAAAGUAUUAUUAAAAUCUGAUUCCAUAAUAAGGGCUCCACACCUUUAUCCAUUCUAAAAAUUGCAUAAACAAUAUUCAUCGAUUAGUUAACUUUAAAACUCGUUCAUCUUAUAACCUUAUUAAAUAUUAAAUGUAUAAGAAAAAAUUAAACACGAAUUCUGAUACUUAUAUAAAAUACACUUACGAUUCCACGAUGAAAAAAUUAAUAAAAUUAAUAUUGAACCGAGUUACAAAAUGAUUACUCUUGACGUAAAAAAUGUAUACAUCCAUUCCUAAAAACGAAACAGUAAAUUUAAAAAAAAAUAAAUAAAUGUACACAUGGUAAUGAAACCAAUGCAAACAUAGUACGGGAAAUGAUUCAAUCAAUAAAUAUAAUUAUUAAACAAAACUAUUUCCAAUAUAAAUUAUUAUUCACAAAAAUAAGUGUUAGUAGUUAUGGGUGGGCCUUUAAGUGCUCUUUAUCUGGAACUUGCAUGCAAAAUUAUGAAAUCAAUAACAUUAUUAACUACAAAAUACACGGUCCGUAUAUAAAACGACCGAUAUAACGUUGUCCGUUUUACGAAUCGUUUGAUAAAAACGUUUUGAAACCCCGUUUCCGUGUAAACGAAAUUUUUUAUUACGCCCGUAUACAACAUAGCGUUAUGCAAUUUGUACACAUAUCAUUUAAAUGAAACACUAGUCGCUAUUGUUAUAGAUUGGCGAACACCUUAUAUUUCGAACGAGGAUAUGAAGUAUACAUAUAUAUAUAUAUAUAUAUAUAUAUAUACAUUUAUAAAAAAAAGAGAAAAAAAUCCUUGAAUAUAUAUUACGUCACGUUAACGUCAUUGUAAAAUAUUGGUACCUACCGUUAUCGAGUAAUAAAUAUCGUGUUAUCUCAUGCCCUCGUUUGUUUGUUCGGGGGUUUUUUUUUUUUUUUUCUUGUCUACAGCCAUGUAUUUAAACACGUAUACAAAUGUUCGUAUUCCUGAUAACUAUACGGUUUUGUUUGUAUAUUAUUAUUGUUUAGAUCCUGUACUAUCUCGCCGACACACAAUUGCUCAGGCCGUCGCUGAUGGAAUCGAUAAUUUUCGGUCUAUGUUAUGGUACGAUGAUACACAUAAAUUUCUUCUACCCGGAAAACACCGCGAAAAUCGGCUCGCGAAUGGUUGAAUUGUGCUCCAAUGGCAGGUAAGUAGGCUUUCCGGAAUGUUUGUAUAAUAUACAAUAUCAAAAAUAAUUGUUCGUGUUUUAUAUAACGUAUGCAUCUGUAGGAGCGGUGGAGGGAGGACGAGGAUGAUAAUUAAAUCCUACCCUGCCACGACCAUUUCGCAUUUAAUAUUAAUAAUAAUAUACGAAUCGCUAAACGCAGAAAGCGUGCGUGUAUACGAUUUUCUGAAUUUUCUAAAAAAAUAAGAAUAUCUGAAAAAAAAAAAAAAAAACGAAAAACGAAUUUCAUGUUCAUAACUAAUGAUGUAAUAGUAAUAGAUAUUAAAAUAUUGUUAUCUAUACAAUUUGUAAAAUUUUAUAAAACUCUAGGUCUCAUUUAAUAUCUAAAACACCUUAUUUUGGGUGUAGCGGUUAUUGCGUUGUAUGUAUUGCAUAUUUAUUUGUGUAAAAUAUGUAAACAAAAAUCUAAGAACUAUUACUGGGAACAGGUGUGCCGCUGUUUUAGGAGUAAAGUUGGGAAUGUAGGAUACAUUAAGUUAUUUUAUUUAUUUCUGUGAAAAACGAUGAGAUACAUGUUUUGAAGGGCUUUAAUAUUUACGAUUUUCUUAAAAAUUUAAUAUUUACUCUUUUUAAAAAAAAUUCUACCUUCGUUAUAUUUAUAUUUUUCAUUUUCUUGUUUUGAUCACUAUGUAUGAAUUAUAAUGAAUUUCCUAUUAAAAUUUUAACAAUUUCUGUGUAGUCUAACAAUUGUAUUCACAGAACACCAACUAAACACAAAUUACUCUCCGAAUUUAAAAAAUGUGACGUAAAUUAUAAUAAUAUUAUUAAAACAUGUUUUAAAAAUCACUUUUAUCCACCUUCAUGCUAAUGAAAAAAUCACUAUUAACCUCAACUGAUACCAAUACAAUGUUUUCAUUUUUAGAUUUAAAUUCGUGGCCACGUUGCUAAGAAAAAACGUCAUCUAUACCGUUUGAAUAUUCUCCAUGCGAAAAUUACUAUCGUCAAAUACCGCAAAAUCAUAAAAUUAUUUUAAUAAGUCUCGGCGAUCACUCUCGGAUUUUUGGAUUUUGACUUGUCAAAAACAGUUCUUAAAUUAUAUAUGUUCUAAUAUUGAAUUAUUUGUAAAGACCUUAUUGUGACAUUUGUAUUAGGCAGGUAAGAAUAUUAUUAUAGAGUACAGAUUUUAGAGACUGGAAACCAGUUAAAAGUGCAGAUCAAUUGUAUGAUAACCUGAUAUGUUAACCAAUUAUUCAUAAAUGUUAAUAUUUUUUUAUGAUGUUAAUAAAAAAAUAUAUUUUA